CUUGAGUGAAUUACAAAAUAUACAAAACCUAAAUAAUUUAGAAGCGAAAAUCAAGUGUAACAAUGUUAGCUUCUUUGAAAUCUUUUUUUAAGUGGAAUAUAAUUAAAAGUAACGAUAGCAAUAAUGAAUCGCCGUCAUUAAUACUUUUAAUUUGCAUUAAUUUUUUUGAAGAUGUAUUAUUUUGGAAAAAAAUAUGGCUCUCGCUUUUGUGUUUUUUUAUAUUUAAUAUAUUAUUUUUUUCCUGUGUAUAUCGACAGUUAAAUUUGCUUCAAUUUAUUUUUGGAUUCUCAAUUUUUACAAUCAGCUUGGAUGCAUUUGAAACGUGGUUGAAGUUUAAACAUCGCACAACAUGUCUGAAACGAUUAGCAUCUCAUGAAGAUGAGAAAUUGGUGCCUCUUAUUUCGAAAAUUAUAAAUUUGGUACAAUCGAAAUUUGCAGAGUUUAUUUAUUUACGCGAUAAAAAUCAUACCAAGGCUUUUGUGAUCCUCCAAUUAAUACUAAGCAUUGUUUUUAUCAUCGGAAGGUAUAGCAGUGGUUACACUAUAAUAUAUUUUUUAAGCACCCUUGUGUUGUUUGCACGUAAAAUUCUACCACCUAUAGUGAAGGUUUAUAAAAAAAUACAGCAUUGUGCAGAAUCUGAUUUUGAAUUGGAGGGUCUUGUGCCAGAAGAAUCUGAUGCCAACUUAGAUCUGCUCUCUAUUGAACCAGACAGAAAAUUAUUACUGGAUGAAAAGCAAAGCCUAGACUAUUGGAAACCAGAUGAUUUGCCAAUAGAAGAAGCCAGUGAUAGUGAUAACAGCAGUUCUGUUAUAACAAAUUUAUCCAUUGAAAAAAUGCAAACUCUUGUAAAGGAUGUUGAAAACACUGACUCCAGUGAAGAUGAAUAUAUACCACAAGAACACCAAUCAGAACACUAUCAAUCUUCUUUAGAAGUACAGCCCAUUGAUACAUGGAGUAGUGCAGCCUAUAAUGCUUUAUCAAAUCUUGGCGGAGCAGUUUCAAAUUUAGUCUACAGCUCUCAAGAUAUUAAUAGGAGGAAGAGGGUUUCUAGUUUUGAUUCAUCAGAUGGCUUUGAAAUGAUUGAUAAAAAUGAUUUGUAAUUAUUUCUGGUGGACUAGAUUUAUUUAAAAAUAACUUGAUUUUAUUGACUUCUAUGUAUGGUUUUUUAUUUUAUAACUGAAAUGUCAUGUACUUAAUCUAAACAUUACAAGACAUCUUAUCUAAUUUAGCCAUAAGCUCCUGAUGUUGUUUCUUUAAAGCUUUAAGACGGACAGUGUUUAAUGCGUUUCUAGCAACAAGAGCUUCCAACAUUGGUCGUGAUAUCUGAAAGAAAAGGGAUUGAAUUAGACACCAUUAGAAAAAGCUGAUGUAGUAUAUUUUAAAAUAUAAAUUUUUGAAAACAAAAUACUUAAAAAUCCACAGGGCUUAUAAUAUAUAGUCACCUUUUCAACUAUAUGUCCAAUAGCUAUAGUUCUUACAGCUGAAUUAUGUUGUUUAUUUAGAAUAUCUUCACAAUCACUUCCCUCCGCUUCAUUUUUAUAAGAUUCAUCCUCUUCUUCCUUUAGAAUAGCAGGUAACUGUGUCAAGAUCUAUGACAAAUAUUUUUAUUGUAAAUUAAAACUAAAAUAAUAAAUUUUUAGUAUAUAUGGCUACAUUAUGUUACCUCAAAAUUAUUUAAUGUUAGAGAGUCAUUGCUGUUAGUAAUUUCCAGUUCAAUUUCUCGUCUGCUUUGAUUUGUACCUUCAUUAACUGAUUGGAAGCAUGUGAUUUGUAUCUAAAAAUAAAUAUAAAGUUGAAAUAAUUUGCAGCUAAUGUUCAGAGAGUUAAUGUAGAAGAGCUUACUGAAGGUGCCUUUGCUGUUUGAUCUUGAAUAUACACAGCAAAUAUUAUUCCAACAAAACUUGAGUCCAUUCUUUGAUACAUGGAUUGAGUUGCAAGAUCUGUUAUGGUAUAAAGGUGAUAUAUUAUGUGAUUUUUAAAUAUAAUACUGUGUCAUGUUUGUUUUUUGAUUUUAUCAUUUUAAAAUUUAAAUAUUGUAAAUAAUUAUGUACAUACUGUCAUAUUUAAACAUUAUAUUUUGGUAUUAGCAUAAA